CUUUCCGACCGCGAAUCCCUUGUGAAAUCGGCGAGUACGGCUUUGAAUUCUAAGUUGGAUAGGUUUAUUCCCAAUCGAUCGGCCAUGGAUUUUGACUAUGCCCAUUACAUGCUUACUGAAGGUAGGAAAGGUAAGGAAAACCCGAAUUCAGCUGCAGGAAGUUACUCUUCUCCUUCUAGAGAGGCGUACAGGAAGCUGCUGGCAGAAACUUUCAACAUGAACAGAACCAGGAUCCUUGCUUUUAAGAACAAGCCCCCAACCCCCGUGGAUCCUUUCCUUGAUGGCUUCCUCUCUGCUGGUUAUGCUGCUAAUCAAGCCACCUCUAAGGCCGCCAAACCCCGCCGUUGCAUCCCUCAGUCCUCGGAGAGAACACUAGAUGCUCCUGAUAUUCUGGACGAUUAUUACUUGAAUCUGUUGGACUGGGGCAGCAGCAAUGUCCUUUCUAUUGCUCUUGGAAGCACUGUCUACUUGUGGGAUGCUACGGAUGGCGCCACAUCUGAGCUCGUGACGGUAGAUGAUGAAAAUGGACCAGUGACAAGUGUGAAAUGGGCACCCGAUGGAAGACACAUUGCUGUUGGUUUGAACAAUUCUGAUGUUCAGCUUUGGGACUCCACUUCUAAUAGACUGCUGAGAACUUUGAAAGGUGGGCAUCAAACGCGUGUUGGUUCAAUGGAUUGGAACAACCACAUUCUGACAACUGGAGGGAUGGAUGGAAAGAUCAUUAACAAUGAUGUCCGAGUACGAUCACACAUAGUUGAAACUUACAGGGGACACCAUCAAGAAGUUUGUGGUCUGAAAUGGUCAGCAUCUGGUCAGCAAUUAGCAAGCGGCGGAAAUGACAAUCUCCUCCACAUAUGGGACAGAUCCAUGGCUUCCACUCAGGCUGCAAGACAGCAGCAAUGGCUUCACAGGCUUGAAGAUCAUACAGCAGCUGUGAAAGCCCUUGCUUGGUGCCCUUUUCAGUCUAACUUGCUUGCUUCAGGUGGAGGUGGAGGCGACCGAAGCAUUAAGUUCUGGAAUACUCACACUGGGGCUUGCUUGAAUUCAGUUGACACGGGCUCACAGGUUUGCGCGUUGCUGUGGAACAAGAACGAACGCGAACUGCUCAGCUCGCACGGUUUUACUCAGAAUCAGCUCACUCUUUGGAAGUAUCCUUCCAUGGUAAAGAUAGCAGAGCUUAAUGGUCACACAUCGAGAGUUCUUUACAUGGCUCAGAGUCCUGAUGGGUGUACUGUAGCAUCUGCAGCUGGGGAUGAAACCCUCAGAUUCUGGAACGUAUUUGGUACUCCUGCUGAAGCCGCAAAACCUGCACCAAAAACCAGUACUGAACCAUUUGCUUACUUGAACCGCAUUCGCUGA